CACCGACUGGAGCAAAGCUGUCAAACUGAGCGCGGAGAGGAGCCCGCGGCUGGGAGGGACGGCGGGACUGGGCUGGGCUGCACUGGGGGGACAAUCGCAGAGCCUGUGCAACUCCCCGCCUGCUGCUGCCGCCGCCGCGGCGGCCGCUUGUGCCCAAGCGGGGCUCCCCGGGGUUGGGGGGCGGCAGGCAGGUGGGAGAGGCGCUUUUUCUCGCUCUGCUCCUCGCCGGCUCCGUCCCCCGCUGGCCGGUCCCGGUCGGAGGCAGGCGCCCGAGCCAUGCAGCUGCAGUUCAAGAGCUGGAUGUUGGCUCUGCUCACCCUGCUUGUCGUCUUUCUCAUCUUCGCAGAUAUUUCGGAGGUCGAAGAAGAAAUCGGGAAUUCUGGAGGCAGAGGUACAAUCAGAUCAGCUGUGAACAGCUUACAUAGCAAAUCUAAUAGAGUCGAAGUUGUAAUAAAUGGCUCUUCAUCUCCAGCUGUUGUUGACAGAAGUAAUGAAAGUGCAAAGCACAACAUUAAGCCAGCCCCAUCCACAUGGAGACACAACCAGACCCUGUCUUUGAAGAUCAGGAAGCAAAUUUUGAAGUUCUUAGAUGCCGAAAAAGACAUAUCAGUUCUCAAGGGGACCCUGAAACCUGGAGACAUCAUCCACUAUAUAUUUGACCGAGCUAGCACCAUGAAUGUGUCACAAAACCUAUAUGAACUCCUGCCCAGAACUUCUCCCCUGAAGAACAAACAUUUCAGGACCUGUGCUAUUGUGGGAAACUCUGGGAUCCUGCUGAACAGUGGCUGUGGACGGGAGAUAGACACUCACAGUUUUGUAAUAAGGUGCAACCUGGCACCUGUCCAGGAAUAUGCCCAGGAUGUGGGGAUCAAGACUGACCUGGUGACCAUGAACCCUUCUGUCAUCCAGAGGGCCUUUGAGGACUUGGUCAAUGAGACCUGGAGGGAAAAACUUCUUCAACGCCUGCACAGCCUCAAUGGCAGCAUCCUGUGGAUUCCUGCUUUUAUGGCCAAGGGUGGCAAGGAGAGGGUAGAGUGGGUGAAUGAGCUCAUCCUGAAGCACCACGUCAAUGUGCGAACAGCCUACCCUUCAUUGCGCCUGCUCCAUGCUGUCCGAGGAUACUGGCUGACAAACAAAGUACACAUCAAAAGACCCACCACAGGACUGCUGAUGUAUACUCUGGCCACACGCUUUUGUAAUACCAUCUACCUCUAUGGCUUUUGGCCCUUUCCUCGAGAUCAGAAUCAGAACCCUGUCAAGUAUCACUAUUAUGACAGCCUUAAAUAUGGCUAUACAUCCCAGGCCAGCCCCCAUACCAUGCCCUUGGAGUUUAAAGCCCUAAAGACUUUGCACCAACAAGGGGCUUUGAAACUGACCGUCGGUGAGUGUGAUGGAGCUACGUAAAGUGGGGAUCAAUGAGGAUUCCGUGGCUCACAUUUCCAGCAGGCUACACCACGGGUAGAUGGGGGUCGGGAGGCAAAAACAAUAGAAUGAGCAGAGGCUAGUGGUUUUCUUUGUUAAAGUGUAAAACAGUGACAAGAAUAUAUAUACCUGCAUAUAUAUAUUGACCUGAGUAUUAUAACUGUGUGGUGUUCAUCCAGAGUAUGGCAGACAAGUUGCAGGAAGAAGGUGCUGAGGACUCACCCAAUCUGAAGACACCAUGUUUGAGAGUGAAAAGAUUGGAUUCAAAAGGAAAUUAAUUCCAGCACUGAAUAUGUAAUAGUCUCAUCAGUUGAAGAAUUCUGGGGGUUGACGGAUGAAUGCUAAGGCAUUCAUUUUCUGCUGCUCUGAGUCUCUGAGAAAAGUGGAUUCUGGGUGACCCAGAACCUAGAGGUUAGCAGCUGGGCUUAGUGUUAAAAAUGUUACUGUUCAAGAAAAGGGGGGAAGGAAUGGGGCGGGGGGAUUGCUCAACAGAAAAGUGGAGCAAGAAACCAAGAAGCACAGGUUGGGGCAUGUUAGCGGAUGGCCUUGGUCUACACGCUCUAAGUGAAUUGUCCAGGAGACAUGCUCAUGGCCCAUCAAUGUGUUCCUGAUUGGGACACUUUUAAAGCUCAUAAAACAAACUGAAAAAACCAGCGAUGGACUUUGGCUUUUUAGGUGAUGAAACCAUGAUGCCAGCAUGGACACCACUGAUGGCUGAAGCAGAGGAAAAAAAAAAAGGUGACCCUGAAAAUACGCCAUUCAAACCAGAUUGACACUUGUUUACAAAAAAAGAAAAAAAAUCUGAAAUGAUCAGAGCCACACUUGGGGCAAAGAUAGAAGAGUUGCAAACAAUGCUUAGCCUUUUCUAGAUGUUCUUUGGGGUGGCAAAAAGAGAAAAGCCAUGGGAUUUAAGGAAGGAAGAGAAGGAAUUACACACCUAAAUGUGGUAUUGAGGAUAAGAGAAAGGUUAUUAUAAUCUGACCUCGUACCAGUCAAAGUCACCUUCUAAGUCUCUUUCUUGCUCCUCAAGGGUUAGCCCACCAUUGGACUGAAAGCGGCCACAGCAAUGAAAUCCAAAGCCAAGACUUGAGAGGGCAUUGUCAAGAUAAAUGUCUUCAUGAUAAAAUAUAAGAUUGCCUUCCCUCACUUUACACAAAGCCCCAGAGUGUGAAAUCUGGAACAAUUUUUGGACUUUCCGUUUCACUUCUCAGCACCAUCACUGUUCUGCAUCUCACUCCAUGUGGUCAAAGGAACCAGUCUGCUCAGUUUCAAUGUAACUUUCUUGUCAGUGGUAUAUCUUGACUCUCUUGUUUAGCUUUCUGACUCUGCAAGGAGAGAUUUAAAUUUUCCCUUCUCUCCCCUCUCCCCCACCACUUGAUUCGAUUAUUUUAGGAUUUUGUGAAAUUAGACUUGUUCCUACUAAGA